AUGCUCAGCCCCGAGGCGCUGCAGAAAGCCAAGGCAGAAUUGGCUAAGGUUCAAACACGGGCAAUUGAUCUGGACACCACGCAGGGCAACAAUCGUCUCCAGGCGCUGAUGAACUCAGGUGGCUUCGUGAACGGACGAAAGCUUCCGCUGACAGCGCUUGUUGCCUAUGCUGGCAUCAUGCGUGGCGUAAGGAUUGGUGGCGACGAAGAUGACAUGUCUCCAAGUUCGCACAGUCAGGUUGUGCAGUGGACACCAGAGUCGGCAUCGCUGACCGACCAGGAGCUCUACUCGGCGAUUGCCAUCCAUCCGGAGAGCAAUUCCCAAGAGGUAAACAUAGAGACGGAAACGGCUAAGGAUUCUGUCGCUGCCGACAAGCGCUUCUCAGCAUUGGGACGCAGUGCGUUUGCCCAGUCAGGGAGCAACAUUGCCGUGUCUGCUGGAGCCGAUGCGGGCUGGUGGGGAGCGAAAGCGGGUGGCGGCAUGAACCGUCGGAAAUCCAAUGGCAAUGCAGCAGAAGAAGAACAGAAAGAAGAAGCGCGGCGGAGCGUCCAGACCAAGAGUUUGUACAAGACGCGCUACUAUUUGGAGCCACGGCUGCGCAUUCAGCUAAAAGCCAGCAUGCUGACCCCAACUUCAGAGUUCGAGGAGGUGAUCGCGGAGUUGCAAGAGCGAGUUUGCCGGACAAAGCAUGAAGAUGCUCCAGACAAGGCCAACAAUUCAGACAAUGCUGACCAUUGCCGAAAAGCCGCUUCUUCUAAACCGACCCCACCCGCACCGAGCAUUCGUGGCCAGCGGGUGCUUCAAGUGGUCUUCCUGGUCUGGAACAUCUCGCAUUUUGAUCUGGUAGACCUUUCGCCCGAUGUGGGAGGAGCCGUGCAAGCCCGUGUGGAGAGCGUCAUUCGCAAGCAUUGCGGGCUUCAGCAGAGCCGCGCAGAAAUCAGCAUAGAUGUCCAGCUCUCCAAGCCCGACCGUUCCAGAGGAAUGGACGUUGUUCAACAUAUCCUUGACCGGGCCGACGCCACGGAGGUUCUUGCCACUAUCAAGUUGGGCAACGCGUCCGCAUUCAGUGAGGCCGCGGCAAAUCUGAAGUGGGCGGAGUCCCACGGCUUCCUGGAGAUGGAUUGCUUGAGAGCGGUGAAAUAUACGCCUCACAUCGACAGCGCCGUGGUCUCUGGGGACAUCAAUAGCAUUGGUAUCGACGCCCACAGUCGGCCCCUCGCGGUAGUGGAGACCACGAUCCCGAAGACGCAGGACCCUGAAGACGAGAAGGUUGAGGGCACCCCCACCGAAACCCCCUCGGGCGAGCUUCAGCUUGCGAUGACCGGCGGGCCCUCGCUGAGGAGUAAGCCUGAGGUAAGCGAGUCUCAUCGCCUACAACCAGUCCAAACCCUACGUAUCCAUGGGCCACCUUCCACUCCGCCGAAGGGCUCUUGGGAGCGCUGUGCUUGCGAAGCCGUGGGUCACUGGAACCACCCUGGCUGCACGCUCUCGCGCAACUGCGCCUGCGACGGCCCGGUCCGAUACGGCUUUGGUGACAGGUGGGUCACGCAGACGGUCAGCGGAAGCAUCGAGUGCCUCAGUCCAAACUUCGAGGAGGACCCUUACCCGAAUCAGGGCAAGGAAUGCCAGUGCUUCAAGCCAGACGCGGUGCCGGCACCCACUCCGCCGCCUUCCACCACGACGCCUUCCACCCCGGCGCCUUCCGCUCCGGCGCCUUCCGCUCCGGCGCCUUCCGCUCCGGCGCCUUCCACUCCGCCAAAGUCGUCGGAGCGCCUGCAAGGUGAUAUCGAGAGCUUGCUCUUCAGAUUUGGCACGCAUGUUUGCCCACAAGUGGUGCUUGGAGGCUGGUGGAAGCUCGCCGCGAGCUACCAGAGUACAGAGAAGCACACGGAGGUCGACAAAAGCAACGUGCUAUCCAUGGCCAUUGAGAAGACCACGGUUUCAGCAGCCCAAGCUCAUGCCGAGGGCAGCUACGGCGUGGCUGCGGGCUCGGCCGCAGGGGGCACGGACAAUGCCGAGAAAGUCACGGAGACAACAAACUCUGGCGAGAGAGAGAUCAACAAGGAUGCCUACAAGGACGCGAACAUCGAGGUGACACAAGAAUGGCGCGGAGGGGCUUCGGGCACGUCCCCGGCGGAUUGGCGGAGGAGCUUGGACGAGUCCUUCAACUCGAACUGGCGGGUCAUUGACCGGGAGAUCGACAACUGCGUUGGCGUUUGGACUUGGGUUGACGAUGAGGAAUUGCGAUCUUUGAUAUGUGAGCAUUGGCUCGAGCUCUAUCACGCAAGCCUGGGAAUUCCGAACGUGACGGAGGAGGAUCGCAGCACCGUCUGUCAUCGGGAUGACGGCUUUCGUCGGAUGCAAUCAAGUAUGCAGAUCUUCGAGAAGCAAUCUUGCUCCAAGAAGGGUUGCCUUGCUACCGCCACUUGCCCUAGCGGGUACCAGCUGAUGGACUGCACCGGAGGGGCCUCAGGUCUCGGACUGGCUAUUACACGGACAUCGUGCUCGCUCGAGGCCCAAUAUGACUUCGGAGCUACAGUGGAGGCAGCAUGCUUUCGCACAGAUCAGCCGGCUCAUGUGCAGAGCCAGAGCUUCAAGGAGGGAUGGAAAUAUAGUGGAUGGGUUGGUGAUACAUGGGUUGGUGAUGCUUUCCAUCCUGUAGCAUGUCCUGUCGGAUUCUCUGCUCGUCUAUGCACUUUCCGCUGCGACUCGGAAAAGGAAGAGUGCAUUGCGCCUGCGGCCCAGCCCCGCAGCGACGGCAGUUGCCCAAGUCGGUGUAACGAGGAGUGGGAGCAACCCGUCCCCGAUGGCUUGUGGUGCCGUGGCUGGACCGUUUUCGCCCUGUGCUACCCGAAUGACUACCAGAUGACGUCCGGACAGAUUUCAACAUACGACCACCCUCUCGAAUAG